UAUAAAAUGAAUAAUCCUCCAUUGCUGAAUGACUUGACGAUUUAUGAUUAUGGGAUCCCAGCUCAGUACAGAUCAAAGAUAUCAUGACUCAAGGUUUUUCAGAUUAUUUUCUGAGUGCCCUCUUUGCUUGUUCUAGGACUUGUGACAUUGUCUUUAUUGAACUAUUUUGAACUUUUCAGCCUUAUUUAUGCUAUAUCUUUGAUAUUUGGAAUUACAUUCAUCAUUUCAUAUACUUAUUUCCCAAGAUCAAAACUAGCAAGAGCUCCUUGGGCAAAGCCUUUUGUCUUUAUUAAGGGUGCUAUCUCCUUUGUAUUUGGAGUUGGAGCUAUAAUUAGCUUCACAAAUCACGACUUUAGAAAAGAUGUCAAUUGGGAUGACGACUAUGAUCAAUAUUACACCCACAUCAUAAUAAUCUUAUCCAUUCUGAUGAUUAGUCCUUUUGUUCAUUUCAUAAUUUUCUUGUUUAUCCUUGGAACAAGAAAGAAGAUUGCAAGACAAAUGAAUAAUGGCUCAGCUAAUCUCCAACCUUCGUUAAAUGACGCACGAUUCGGACCUAAUCAGCAAGUAAAUUUGGGUAACAAUUAUCAACCUCCAAAUUACCAGCUGAAUGCAGGGAGAGUCCAGGCGAUAAAUUAUCACCAUCCACAUGUUCCUCAGGCUCCGCUUCAUGAUGCUCACCAGGUCCGUAUUCCAAAUAUAGAGGCUAGUUCGGUAGAGAAUGUAGCCCCUUCUCAGAUGCCCAAUGCUGUCGUCCAGCCAGUUGAGAGUCAAUUACCUGGAAGAAUGUCUCAUCAUCCUUAUAUUAACCAAGAGCAGCCCCAGAAUGACGAGGAAGAGGAGUCCUCCCUACUUAGAGAUGAGAACAGAAGAUCUUCUAUUAAUUUCCGCCCAGGUAUCAACUAGACAGAUUUAUAAAUUUCAAUCAAUAAUCAUA